AUGCUUUGCGGAAUUUCGGGAGAGGCUCCCCAAGAGCCCGUCGUCUCUAAAAAAUCUGGCGUCGUGUACGAGAAGCGCUUGAUCGAACAAUACAUCAACGAACACGGCACCGAACCUAGCUCUGGAGAAGCCCUUACUGCGGACGACCUUCUUCCUAUCCAGUCUUCGCGCAUUGUGCGACCGCGGCCGCCCACGUUGACUUCGAUCCCGGCCCUGCUUGCUACUUUCCAGAACGAAUGGGAUGCCCUCGCGUUAGAGACCUACAAUCUCAAGGAGCAACUCGCACGGACGCGGGAGGAGCUUUCGACUGCCUUAUAUCAGCAUGAUGCAGCUGUACGCGUUAUUGCGCGGUUGUCUAGGGAGCGGGAUGAGGCUCGGGAAGCGCUUGGAAAGCUGACCGUCAGUGAUGGCGCCAAUGGAGACGCUAUGGCCAUUGAUAGCACAGAGGGCUUGCCGGAGGAUCUGGCCACAUCUGUUGACGAGACGCAUGCGACUCUAUCCAAAGGUCGUAAGCGAAGACCGAUCCCAGAAGGCUGGGCCACCCCAGACGAAAUCACAACACUCGAGCAGGGUACCACCACGAGCCUACCAGUAUCUGAUGCACGAUACCUCGAUGUCUCAGGAUCACAGGCGGCCGCGAGUGGCCUGCAGGGCGGAUCUGCUACAUUCUCUAUCGAUGACGAAAAGGUCGAGGCCGAGUUUGCCGUUAACGAACCCGUCACCAACACCGCUUGGGCAGGUUCAAAGAUUGUUUUCGGUACUGCACAAGGAUCUGUCAAGGUAUUCGAUAGUGGCAACGAGGUUGCUCAGGCUACGGAGCAUGCUGGGCCUGUGGCCGCCGUCAGCGUUCAUCCCAGCGGCGCCAUCCUCGCUUCCGUUGGCGGUGACAAGUCUAUUGUUUUCUACGAGCUCGAGACUUUGAAGCGAGUCAGCCGAGCAUUCACUAAUUCCGCUCUUACUGCUUGCGCGUUCCACCCAGAUGGUCACCUGCUGGCUGCAGGAACAGCCACCGGCACCGUGAGAUUGUAUAUGACGAAGACUCUAGAGCAAGCCGCCGAAUUCGAGCUCGAGUCUGGUGUCCCAGUUCAAGCUUUGACCUUCUCCGAGAACGGUUUCUGGCUUGCGGCCGCAGCUAAGCGCCAAUCAACCGUGAAGAUCUUCGACCUUCGUAAGGAGGGUGCAGCAGCAACGGCGAAGGUCCUGGAGACCGGUGGUGAUGUUGAGAGCUUGUCAUGGGACUACACCGGACAGUUCCUCGCCACCGGAGGACCAUCUGGCGUUACCGUACAACAAUAUCUUAAGUCCAGCAAGGCCUGGAGCGAGCCCUUCCGAAGCUCAGUUCCUGCAAUUGGGGUUCGAUGGGGAGAACAGGGACGCAAGCUGGUCGUUCUUACUAACGACAAUGCUCUUACUGUGUUUGGCGUUAAGGCAUAA